AUGAUCGACUACGCGGCGUCUGCCCUUGCUGCGGUGGCGAUGCUGCUACUGUACACGGUGCACAGGUGGAGGAACCCUCGCUGCAACGGCCGCCUCCCGCCGGGUUCCAUGGGCCUCCCGCUCAUCGGCGAGACCUUCCAGUUCUUCUCCCCCGACGCCUCCUUCGACAUUCCUCCCUUCAUCCGGCAACGGCUCGCGUGGUACGGCCCGAUCUUCAAGACGAGCCUGGUGGGGCACCCGGUGGUGGUGUCGGCGGACGAGGAGCUGAACCACAUGGUGUUCCAGCAGGAGGGGGAGCUGUUCCAGAGCUGGUACCCGGACUCGUUCGUGGAGAUCCUCGGCCGCGACAACGUUGGCGAGCAGCAGGGCACCAUGUUCAAGUACCUCAAGAACAUGGUGCUCAGGUUCUUCGGUCCGGAGAGCCUCAGGGAGUCCAUCCUCCGCGACGUCGAGCACGCCGUCUGCAGCUCACUCUGCACCUGGUCCACAUUGCCGGCCGUCGAGCUCAAAGAAGCCGUCUCCACGAUGGUGUUCGAGCUUUCCGCGAACAAGCUGCUCGGCUUGGAGCCGUCGAGGUCCAAGGUUUUACGGAAGAGCUUCUUCGACUUCGUUCGAGGGCUCAUCUCGUUCCCGCUCUACUUGCCAGGGACAGCUUACUACGCAUGCAUGCAGGGACGGAUGAGCGCAAUGGAGGUGCUGCGGCAAGUUCUGGAGGAGAGGAAGCAGUCGGCACAGGCGCUCGGAGGAGGGGCACGGCCCCACGGCGACUUCCUCGACUAUGUCGUCCAAGAGAUCACCAAGGAGAAGCCGGUCCUGACGGAGGGAAUGGCGCUGGACCUGAUGUUUCUGCUCCUCUUCGCGAGCUUCCACACGACGUCGCUGGCGCUUACGCUGGCCGUCAAGCUCAUCUCCGACCAUCCUCACGUGCUGGAUGAGCUCACGGUGGAGCAUGAAACGAUUCUGAACCAGCGUCAGACAGGCAACGAGUCUGAUGGUGAUACAGUCACAUGGAAAGAGUACAAAUCCAUGGCGUUCACAUCCCAGGUCAUAAGCGAGACGGUCCGAUUAGCCAACAUUGCGCCUGGCAUUUUCAGAAAGACUCUGAAAGAUGUUCAGUUCAGAGGAUAUACAAUACCAGCAGGAUGGGGAGUGAUGGUCUGCCCUCUAGCAGUACACUUGAAUCCAGAAAUUUACCCAGAUCCCCUCACCUUCAACCCUUCAAGGUUUAAGGACAAAAUGGAGAUAAACCGUGGGUCAAGAAACUUCAUGGCAUUUGGAGGAGGUAUCCGUUUCUGUGUUGGAGCAGACUUCAGCAAGCUACAAAUGGCCAUUUUCCUCCAUUUUCUUGUCACCAAAUAUAGGUGGAUACAAUUAGGUGGAGGCAAGAUAGUACGGACUCCUGGGCUAGAAUUUCCUGAUGGUUACCACAUCCAAAUCAGACAGAAAAACUAA